UAAAUGGUAAAGUACUUCCCGGCCAGAGGGCACCGGGGCCGGGAGGGCUGAGCGGCUCGGCGUCGGAGGAGAGCCCCACCCGUGGAGGAACCUAGCCUCGCCAAGCGAGCGGGCGGAGCUCAGUCCUCAGGUCAGGCGGGCGGAGUAGAAAACGCGGCGGAGCCGGGUGAAACCACGGCACCGCCAUGGGUGGCCCCCGACAAUUCCUCUAGCCGGGCGGUCGGAGGACCUGAAAGCGCCGCAGAGCCCUCGGCCGCCCGAGCAGGGAAUGGACCCCAGCCCUUGCAGCCUCCCUUCUCUGGGCACCCACGUGCAGUCCUGGCUGUAGAAGGAGCCGCGGGCACAGAGUUCUCAACCCCCAUUUCAGCCUGUCUGUCUGUCUGUCUGUCUUAGGGAGCAGCCUUAAUGAGAGGUGAUUCCUAAGCUGCUGGGAACCUGAGGCUGUCAAAAGGACGGCAGGAAAUGGACAGCAGUAUAAAACCCAGAAGCAGAACUUGAAGGUUUAACCAGUAGCCCAUUUCACAGAAUGUUUCAUACAUUUGUGGACCAAAAGAUGGAGUUGGUUUUAUUUUUAAAAAGAUAAUGUUAACGAUCUGAUACCACUACAAAUAUUCACGUGAUGAAGGUGCAUGGACUUGUCUUUUGGUUGGACUAUCACUCAUUUUUGAAAGUUUCUUCAGCCACAAUUUCUAUUUGAAUCAGAUUUAGAAUGGUAUAAUCAUAUCUUUUGUCUGAGGACUGCAGAUUUCAUAGAGACCACAGUUGGAUUCCAGUGAUACUCUUCAAUCAAAGUGAUUUGAUAAACCUAAUUUUGAAGCAUUUUAUAUUUAUAAACAUCAAAUGAUGGGAGAAAAAAAUGUCUGCUGUGAUACGUUGCUUUGGUUGAAAUGAAUAAAAGACAAGCUUCACACAGACAAGCAGCUGAAGAAGGAAGAGUAUUUUAAUAGCUUUUCAUCUAAUUAUGGAUUUUUUUCUUUGUUGACUCCAAAACUCAACAAGUAGUCAUUCGUUAAAGGUGAUGCAAAAACUUUCUGGAUGGAGCUAGAAGAUGAUGGAAAAGUGGACUUCAUAUUUGAACAAGUACAGAAUGUGCUGCAGUCACUGAAACAAAAGAUCAAAAAUGGGUCUGCCACCAAUAAAGAAUAUAGCCAAGCAAUGAUUCUGGUGAAUGAAGCAACUAUAAGUAACAGUUCAACAUCAAUAAAGGAUCAUAUGCCUGUGAUUCAGAAUGAACAGGAAAACAGAUCCAAUGCAUUUCCCUCCACAUCAUAUGAAAACUCCUUUCCCGAAGACUGUACAUUUCUAUCAACAGAAAAUAAGGAAAUUAUCUCUCUGGAAGAUAAAGUUGUAGACUUUAGAGAAAAAGACUCAUCUUUGAAUUUAUCUUAUCAAAGUCAUGACUGCUCUGGUGCUUGUCUCAUGAAAACGCCACUCACCUUGAAGGGAGAAAACCCUCUGCAGCUGCCGAUCAAAUGUCACUUCCAAAGACGACAUGCAAAGACAAACUCUCAUUCUUCAGCACUCCAUGUGAGUUAUAAAACCCCUUGUGGAAGGAGUCUACGAAACGUGGAGGAAGUUUUUCGUUACCUGCUUGAGACAGAGUGUAACUUUUUAUUUACAGAUAACUUUUCUUUCAAUACCUAUGUUCAGUUGGCUCGGAAUUACCCAAAGCAAGAAGAAGUUGUUUCUAAUGUGGAUAUUAGCAAUGGAGUGGAAUCAGUGCCCAUUUCUUUCUGUAAUGAAAUUGACAGUAGAAAGCCCCCACAGUUUAAGUACAGAAGGACCGUGUGGCCUCGAGCUUAUUAUCUAACCAACUUUUCCAGCAUGUUUACUGAUUCCUGUGACUGCUCUGAGGGCUGCAUAGACAUAACAAAAUGUGCAUGUCUUCAACUGACAGCAAGGAAUGCGAAAACUUCCCCCUUGUCAAGUGAUAAAAUAACCACUGGAUAUAAAUAUAAAAGACUACAGAGACAGAUACCUACUGGCAUUUAUGAAUGCAGCCUGUUGUGCAAAUGUAAUCGACGAUUAUGUCAAAACCGAGUCGUCCAACAUGGUCCUCAAGUGAGGCUACAGGUGUUCAAAACUGAGAAGAAGGGAUGGGGGGUACGCUGCCUGGAUGACAUUGACAGAGGGACAUUUGUUUGCAUUUAUUCAGGAAGAUUACUAAGCAGAGCUAACACUGAGAAACCUAAUGGUAUUGAUGAAAACAGGAGAGAUGAGAAUACUGUGAAAAAUGUAUUUUCAAAAAAGAGGAAAUUAGAAGUUGCAUGUUCGGAUUGUGAAGUUGAAGUUAUCCCAUUAGAACUGGAAACACAUCCUAAAAGUGCUAAAACUGAGAAAUAUUCACCAAAGUUCAGUAAUAAUCCCAAGGAGUUUACUAUGGAAAUGAAGUAUAGCAAUAUUUCAAGAAUUCGAUAUCAUUCAGUUAUUAGAGGUCCUGAAUCCAAGACAGCCAUGUUUCAACACAAUGGGAAGAAAAUGGAAUUUGUUUCCUCGGAGUCUGUCACUCCAGAAGAUCAUGAUGGAUUUAAACCAACCCAAGAACAUCUGAACUCUGAAACCAAGGGAGCACAAAAGAACUCAAGUUCAAACCAUGUUGAUGAUUUUGAAGAUAAUCUGCUGAUUGAAUCAGAUGUGAUAGAUAUAACUAAAUGUAGAGAAGAAACUCCACCAGGGAGCAGAUGUAACCAGGCAACCACAUUGGAUAAUCAGAAUAUUAAAAAGGCAAUUGAGGUUCAAAUACAGAAGCCCAAAGAGGAACGGUCUACAACAUGUCAAAAACAGCAGGUCUUUUGUGAUGAAGAAUUGCUAAGUGAAACCGAGAAUACUUCAUCUGAUUCUCUAACAAAGUUCAAUAAAGGGAAUGUGUUUUUAUUGGAUGCCACAAAAGAAGGAAAUGUUGGCCGCUUCCUUAAUCAUAGUUGUUGCCCAAAUCUCUUGGUACAGAAUGUUUUUGUAGAAACACACGACAGGAAUUUUCCAUUGGUGGCAUUCUUCACCAACAGGUAUGUGAAAGCAAGGACAGAGCUAACAUGGGAUUAUGGUUAUGAAGCUGGGACUGUGCCUGAAAAGGAAAUCUUCUGCCAAUGUGGGGUUAAUAAAUGUAGAAAAAAAAUAUUAUAAAUAUGUAGCUAAUGCCUGUUUGUCAAAUUAGCUUAUCAGGCUGAAAUUAAAGCCAUGCAAAAGAAGGUAAAGGUCCAUCGAGAUAAUUCCCCUUCGUUUCCUUUGUCAUUGGGUUCAUAUUUUAUUUCAGAUUUUAUUUGUGUGACUUAAAGAAAUUCCAGGAACACAAUUAGGACAUUUUCAUACACAUAGGGUAUCUCAUUCACUGCUGUGCAGCUUUACAUGAAUAGGAUGGAAGCAUAUAUUUUAUAUGAAAUACCACUCUCCAACUUAUAAUUUAUUUAAAAAUUAUAUAUUAAGAGAAACAAAUGUCAUAACAAAACUCAACUGUUUCUAAUUGCUUUUGUGACUGUUACCUUUUAGUUCAUGCCCCAAAGAGCUAAAUUUCACACUUUUACCUACGAAAUUGAUUUUUAAUUCCUGGAAAAUCAUUUACCAUUAUGAGCUACAAGGUGGACAACAGUGCCUGAGGAACUCAUUUUAAACAUAUUACUCCCAAGAAUUUAACACUUGUUGGAGAAGCGAUACUUGGAUCCAUAAAAUACUGUCCCAUCAACCAUUUGAGUGGGGAAAGGAAGAAGCUCUUCUGUAAGAUUCUGGCAGACUCUUUGAGAUGAAUCUUCUUUUCCAUGGAUAUUCUCUACUCUUUCAAUACAAAUAUAGGAAAAGAGGGAAUAGAAGCCUGGAAGAACUUGAACAUUUUUGUUCUAGAUAGAUUAGAUAUAGUUAUUGAAAAGGAAGCCUAGAAAGUAGUCAAACUUGGCUUAUUUAGGCCAGAAGGAAUUGAGGUGGGCAAGAAUUUCACUUAAACACAAGAAGGCCAGGCAUGGUGGCUCUCACCUAUAAUCACAACACUUUGACAGGCGGAGGCAGGUGGAUUACUUGAGCCUAGGCGCUCGAGACCAGCUUGGGCAACAUGGCAAAACCCUGACUCUACAAAACAGAAAAAUUAGCCGGGCUUGAUGGCAUGUGCCUGUAGUCCCAGCUACUCAGGAGUGAGGUGGGAAGAUCAUUUGAGCUCGGGAGGUCAAGGCUGCAGUGAGACGUGAUUUCACCACAGCACUAACAGCCUGGGCAAUAGAGCAAGACCCUGUCUCAAACAAAAAACACACACACACAAGAAAAGAAAGCAAUUCUGAACUGUGAAAUCUGAAAUAGCUCCUUAGUAUCUCCUGAGCAUGAUUUGCAAAUUGUUUUUUUAGAGAAAAAAGAGUAAGCACUUUACCAUAGGUUACUUGGCCCUGAUGAUCUAUCUAGUGGAAAGGGGGACUGGGAAGCCCAAGCAGACUGGGAAAUCAGACAGCUAGGAAAAGUAGCAAAACAGCCCAGCAAGCUGCUGAUGAGGAAAGUUGAGAAAUCCAUUUAUUCACUGUAGAGAUGCAGGAGUUUCAGGCAGUGUACUAAAAUGAA